CCCCAGCCCCGCUGCCCCACACCGGCCACGCCAUGGGCCCACGCUGGGCACUGGGUCUCCUCGUCCUCCUACUCCUCCUCUGGGUGCUGGGGGGCAGCGCCCCGGACCCUGAGCUGGUGCUGGUAGCCCCACGGCUCGUGGCACUGGGGUCCCCCAUGGGGCUGCUGGUGGCAGCCAUGGGGCCAGUGACGGGGUCAGUGACGGCGUGGCCGGGGGACGGCGGCCGUGGGGCAGGACCCUGCGCCCCCCCGGUGCCCUUCGACCUCGGGGCCCACAAUGACUUCAGCCAGAUCCUGAACAUCAAGGUGACCCCGGAGCAGGCCAAGCGCUGUGGGGUGCUGGAGGACGCCAUGGGGCAGACGCUGCUGUUGGAGGCCCAGAGCCCCCAAGUGGCCCCCCGGGUGGUUCGUGUGGGGCUGGGGGCGCCCCGCGGGGUGCUGCUGGUCCAGACGGACAAACCCCUCUACGCCCCCCAGCAGACUGUGCGUUUCCGCGUCUUCUCCCUGGACCCCGACCUGCGGCCGAACCCCGAACCCGUCCUGGUCACCAUCACGAACCCCCUGGGGGCCCGGGUGCGGGAGGGGCAGCGGGUGCCCCUGGGGACGGUGCUGAGCGACCAGCUGGAGCUGCCCGACGUCGCCGUGCCGGGCACGUGGCGGGUCGAGGCCCAGCUGGUCGCCAGCCCCCGCACCCGGGGCGAGGCCACCUUCGCCGUGCGGCCCUACGUCCUGCCCAGCUUCUCCCUGCGGGCCAAUCCCGAUCGCCGGUUCCUCCUGCUGGGGCCUGGCCCCGCCCCCUCCCUGCGCCUGCGCCUGCGCGCCCGGUACCUGGAUGGGGUGGGGGUGCGGGGCCGGGCCCAGCUGCGGGUGGGGCUGCGGGGGGGGGCCCUUCCUGCGGGAGCUGGACCAGCGCACCCAGGUCAUCCUUGGGGACCCCAAAACCUCCCCCCCACCCCGGUCACCCCCAAACCCCCGAGGAACCCCCGUAUCCCCGGGGACCCCCCCCGGGUGACGUCAGGGGAGGCGGAGUUCAAUGUCACCCUGGAGGCCGUCGUCAGCGCCCUGGGCGUGGCCCCGCACGAGCUGGAGGGGGAGGGGCUGCGCCUGGCCGUCACCGUCAUCAAUGACGAUGGGGGGGAGGUGGUGCAGCGGGAGGUGCGGGUGGGGCUGGUGACCUCGCCCUGGACCCUGGACCUGAGCCCCACCCCCCGCUACUUCGUGCCGGGCGGCCCCUUCACCCUCCUGGGCCGGGUGCUGGACGCCGGGGGGGCGCCGGCGCCGGGGGUGGAGGUGCGGGUGGGGGUGGGGGUGACGGGGGCCGCCCCUCCCCCACCCCUGACCCUGCGGGCGGAUGCCGGGGGGGGCAUCGGCGCCCCCAUCAACGUGCCCCCCGCCGCCGGGGGGGGUCAGCCUGCGCGUGGAGGCGGGGUCACCGGGGGCCCCCCCCCGCCCGCGCCCCGCCUGGCGCUGAGCCCGGUGACCCCCGUGUCGGGGCGGUUCCUGCUGCUGGGGGGGCCGGUGGGGCCCCUGCGCCCCGGGGGGCUGCUGCGGCUCCAGCUGCGCGACGUGGGCCCCCCCCCGGCCCCCCACAUCUACCACGUUCUGGCGGUGGCGCGGGGGCGGCUGGUGGCGGCGCGGGGGCUGCGCCGGGGGACGCUGACGGAGGUGACGGUGCCGGUGACCCCCGCCAUGGCCCCGCGGCUGCGCGUCGUCGCCUUCUUCCAGGCCGGGGGGCGGCUGGUGGCGGCCACCUGGGGGGCGCCCGUGGGGGGCUCCUGCCACCGCCAGGUGGGCACUGGGGGUGCGGGUGGGGUGGGGCAGCGGGGGGCCGCCCUGCGCCCCCAGGCCCCCCUGACCGUGACGGUGACGGUGACGGCGGAGGGGGGGCCGGGGGGGCCGGGGGGGCCGGGGGGGGCACCCGCCACCCUGGCCCUGGGCGCCACCGACGGCGCCGUCCUGGAGCUGGAGCCGCGGCACCGCCUCGACCCUGCCAAGGUGGAGGCGGUUUUGGGGAGCAGCGAUUUGGGGUGCGGCCCCGGGGGGGGGCCCGAUCCCGAGGGGAUGUUCCGGGCGGCCGGGCUGGUGCUGGGGGGGCCCGACCCCCCCCCGGGGCCGCCCCCCGGGUGCCCCCCCGCCCCUCCCCGCCCUCGGCGCUCCCCGAGGCUGCAGCAGCUGCUGGAGGAGGGGGGCCCCCCGCCGGGGGGGGACACGCUGGCCGCCCGCUGCUGCCGGGACGGGGGGCUGCGGGUGCCGCUGCGGGCGACGUGCGCCCAGCGGGGCCGGCGGGUGCCCCCCACCCAUGGGUGCCGCCAGGCCUUCCUGCGCUGCUGCCACCCGCGCCCGGGCCCUGCGCUCGCGGGGGGGGCCCGGGGUGGCGCGAGGUGGGCGCUGGGGGAGGUUUUCUUUGAGGAGCUGGAGGAGGAGUGGGGGGAGGGGGACAUCCUCUCCCGCAGCUUCUUCCCCGAGAGCUGGCUCUGGCGCACCAUCCCCACCAACGGCUCCGCCAGGGUCACGGUGCUCCUCCCCGACUCCAUCACCACCUGGGAAAUUCAGGCCAUCGCCGUCAUCCCCGGCCACGGCGUGUGCGUGGCCAUGCCCCGGCGGGUGACGGUGACCCAGGAGGUCUACGUGCGGCUGCCGCUGCCCCCCAGCGCCCGCCCCCACGAGCAGCUGCAGCUCCUGCCCCACAUCCACAGCAGGCUGCCCCACAGCAUCAAUGUGACGGUGACGGCGGCGGUGGCGGGGGGCGCGUGCGGGGGGCUGGAGGGGCCCCCCCUGCGCCUGCAGCUGCCCCCCGGGGGGGCGGUGCCGGUGCCCCUCCCCCUGCUGCCGCUGCGCCCCGGGGAGCUGCCGCUCACGGUCACGGCCCGCGGGCCCGGGGGGCUGGGCGACAGCGUCACCCGCGUGCUGCGCGUCCAGCCCGAGGGGGAGCCGCACCUGGAGGAGACCAGCUACGUCCUGGACACCGACGACACGGAGGGCCGGACCCUGGAGAUCCCCGGGGGGGUCCCUGAGGGGCUCGUGCCGGGUGGGGAAUUCAGCGUCAGCAUCCGCGUCACCGGCCGCGUGGGGGGCUGGGCGCUGCGGGGGGCGCUGGGCGCGGGGGGGGCGCUGCUGCGGGCCCCCCGGGGGUGCGGGGAGCAGGCGCUGCUGGCUCUGGCCCCCCGCGCCGCCGCCCUGCGCUACCUGGACCUACGGGGAGGCUGGGGGGGGGCGGGGGGGGCCGGGGGGCUGCCCCCCGAGCUGCGCCCCCGCGCCCUGCGCGCCCUCCAGAUGGGUACGGGGCCGUGGGGGGGGGGGGCUUUCGAGCGCGUGCAGAGCUUCCGCAAGGGCGAUGGCUCCUACAGCGCCUGGCAGCACCGGGGGGGCAGCACUUGGCUGACGGCGCUGGUGCUGCGGGUGCUGGCCCUGGCGCGGAACUACCUGCCAGCGGGGGCGGGGCAGCCCGAGGGGUCCCUGCGGUGGCUGCUGGAGCAGCAGCGCCCUGACGGCUCCUUCCACGAGAGCCAGCCCAUCCUGCACCGUGAGAAGCAGGGCGCCGUGGCUGACCCCGGGGCGGAGGCGGCCGCGUCGCUGACGGCCUUCGUGGUGGUGGCCCUGCAGGGGGCGCGGGGGCUGCUGCCCCCCCACAGCGCCCUCCACCCCCCCCUCGACCACGCCCUCUCCCGCGCCGCCGCCUUCCUGCGGGGCCGCCUCCCCACCCUGGGCCCCUUCGCGACGGCCAUCGCCGCCUACGCCCUGGCGCUGGGGGACCCCGCCCCGCCCGGCCCCGCCCCCGACCCCGCCCUGCUGCGCCUGCGCCACCUCGCCCGCCCCGCCCAGGGGGGCCAGGGGCAGUUCUGGCCGGCCGGGGGCGCGGGGGCCACGGUGGAGGCCACGGCCUACGGGCUGCUGGCGCUGCUGCAGCACCGCGAUGGCGCCGGCGCCGCCCGGGCGGCCCGAUGGCUGCGGGGGCAGGGCAACUACGGCGGGGGCUUCCGCUCCACCCAGGACACACUGGUGGCCCUGGAGGCGCUGGCCCAGCUGUGGCUGCACUGGGGGGACACGCCUGGGGCCGGGCUCAGCCUGGGGCUCUCGUGGCCGGGGGGGUCCCGGGGGGGUCCCGGGGGGACCCGCGUGACGCUGGGACCCGGCCUGGGCUCGCUGGAGCAGGAGCUGCAGGUCCCCCUGGGCAGCCCCAUCAUGGUGCGGGUGGAGGGACGUGGCGAGGGGACCCUGACGGUCCUGCGCCAGUUCCGCGUCAUGUCCCCGCCCAACGGCACGUGCCAAGGGCUGGGCCUGGAGGUGGCCAUCACCGGGCCAAUCAUCUACGAAGAGGAAGACUAUGAGGACUAUGAGGAGGAGGCGGAGCUUGAUGAGGAGGGGGUGGAGCUGGAGGAAGGGGCGGAGCCCACGCAAGGGGCGGUGCCUGCUGAAGGGGUGGCACCCACGCAAGGGGCGGUGCCUGCUGAAGGGGCGGAGCCCACACAAGGGGCGGAGCCAGUGCAAGGGGUGGUACCUGUAGAGAGUUUGAGGCCAACAGAAGGAUUGAGGCCUGUGGAAGAGGCGGGGCCUGAAAAGGGGGUGGAGCCUUCAGAGGGGGUGGAGCCUGCAGGGAAAGAGGAGCCUGUAGAGGCCACCGUCUCCCCAAGCUCUGUGACGUCACGGGGUCGCCGGCGGCGCCGGGAAGUGCAUGACCCCAGCCGAGAGGUCGCCUUCCUGGUCUGCAUCUGGCGGGAGGCGGGGGUGGAGCUAUCGGGGAUGGCGGUGGCCGAGAUCUCCCUCCUCAGCGGCUUCCGGCCCCAUCGCCCUGACCUUGACAAGCUGCGGGACGUUGUCGAUCGCUGGAUCAGCCACUACGAGCUCAGCGGGUCCCGGCUCAUCAUUUACUUCGACCAGGUCCCCGCCCACCGUCACUGCAUCAGCUUCGGGGCCACCCAGGAAGUGGCCGUGGGGCAGAUCCAGCCGGCCAUGGCCGCCAUCUACGACUACUAUGAGCCGGCCCAGCGCUGCACCGUCUUCUACAGCGCCCCCGGCAGGAGCAGCCUCAUCCCCACCCUCUGCUCCUCCCAGGCCUGUCUCUGUGCCCAAGGCGCCUGCCCCCGGCUCCGGGUCGGGGCCCUGACACUCGACGAUCGCCUCGACUUUGCCUGCUACAGCCCCCGCGUUGACUACGCACUGGUGGUUCAGGCGCUGGCCCAGAGCGAGGUGGGGCCAUUCCUGGCCUUUGACAUCAGGAUCCUGGAGGUUCUACUGGGAGAGGUUGCCCCGGGGGGGCGUGGCCAGGCGCUGGGGCGGGGCAGCUGCCCCCUGAGGCUCCGCCCCCCGCGGCGGUACCUGCUGAUGGGGGGGGAGGGGAUGCUGACCGACGCCCACGGACGCCCCCAGUUCCUCCUGGGCCCCCAGUCCUGGGUGGAGGAGGUGCCGCCCCUCCCCCGCUGCGGCCCCGCCACGCCCUGCCGCCCCCUGCUGGACUUCCUGGAUACGCUGCGCCCCCUCGGCUGCCCCUUCUGACCCCGCGGGGAGCCACUGGGAGCCACUGGGAGCAACUGGGAGCCACUGGGACCAUCCUGGGGGACAACUGGGAGCCACUGGGAGCCACUGGGAGCAACUGAGACCAUGCCGAGGGACAACUGGGAGCCACUGGGAGCCACUGGGACCAUGCUGGGGGACAACUGGGAGCAACUGGGAGCCACUGGGAGCAACUGGGAGCCACUGGGACCAUUCUGGGGGACAACUGGGAGCCACUGGGAGCCACAACUGGAAGUGUGCUGAGAGACAACUGGGAGCCACUGGGACCAUGCUGGUGGCAUCUGGGACCAUUCUGGGGGGCAGCUGGGAGUGCACUGGGGCAGACUGGGAGCAACUGGGAUCACACUGGAAGGAACUGGCAGCAACUGGCAUCAUGCAGGGACAACGGGGAGCAACUGGGAAUGACUGGGACCAUGUUGGGGGCAACUGGGAGUGCACUGGGGGCAGACUGGGAGCAGCUGGGAUCACACUGGGAGGAAUUGGGAUGAACUGGGAUCAUGCUGGGAGUGACUGGAAGUGACUGGGAGCAACUGGGAGUGACUGGAACCAAACUGGGAGGAACUGGUCCAACCAUGCAGGCAACUGGGAGUGACAAGGAGCAUGGUGGGGGCAAAUGGGUUAUACUGGGAGAAACUGGGAAUACGCAGGGAGCAACCAGGAAAAUACUGGGGGUGACUGGGAUCAUACUGGGAAAAACUGGGAACGAACACAAAGUCAGUGGGAUCAUACUGGGAGUAACAGGGA